CACAAAGCGGGAAUUUUUAAAUUAAGUUUUAUUGAAAAUUACCUGAGAGCUCUUUUAAAUUUGUAAACUGCCACUAGAGGCGCUGAGAUGAAAAGAAAACACGGUUUAAACUCGUGUCUCUUAUUGUUAUAACCUAAAAUUCUUAAAGAGGAACGAUAAUUGAUUUUAGUUGACAAAAUAUUGAAUAAUAAUUAAAAAUGGUGCGAAAAUUAAAAUUUCACGAACAAAAAUUGUUGAAAAAAGUUGAUUUCAUCUCUUGGAAAGCUGAUAAUAAUUUACAUGAAGUUAAAAUUUUAAAACGAUACCGCAUACAAAAAAGAGAGGAUUAUACCACAUAUAAUAAACUAUCUCGAAAAAUUCGUGAUUUAGCCAGAAAAAUAAAAGAGAUGGAUCCAAAGCAUCCUUUUAGAAUUGAACAGAGUGCAUUACUGCUAGAAAAAUUAUAUUUGAUGGGUUUAAUUCCCACUAAAUGGGACUUAUCACUUUGUGAUAAAAUAACCGCAUCGUGUUUUUGCAGAAGAAGAUUGCCUGUGGUAAUGGUUAGAAAUAAAAUGAGCGAGAGUGUUAAGAUGGCAACACAAUUGAUAGAACAGGGUCACGUUAGAGUUGGAACUGAAGUUGUAAAAGAUCCUGCGUUCCUAGUAACUAGAAAUUUGGAAGAUUUUGUCACAUGGGUGGACACUUCAGCUAUUAAAAAGCAUAUUUUGGAGUACAAUGAUAUUCGUGAUGAUUUUGAUAUGCAGUAAAAUUAUUAAAGAUUUUUAUUAUGUUUAUAUCAAAUAUUUGUAAAUAAAGUUUUUUAAAUC